UUUUGGGAACCUGCCGGCGAAACGACGACAGACAGACGAAGCAACGAACUCACCCACCGCAACUGAACACAGACAGCACCCCCUCGCUUCUUGCUGACAGACACAAAGCACAGACACCGGCACAGGCACCCAAGCCGUUACAACAAGCCGUCACAAUGGCCAAGACAAAGGAGGACAAAGCAGAGAAGAAGGUGGAAAAGGAAGAGAAGAAGGAAGAGCUGACAGAAGAACAAAAGGCCGAGAACGCCAUGAAGCUGCUGGCCAAAGACAUUGUGGAUGCGGCCUUGCUGGUGUGGAAGGCCGUCUCCGAGCGGGAUGUGCGCUUUGCUGCGCGCGCCUUGCGCCGCGUGACCAGCUUGCGCGCGCGUCUCUCCCCGCAGGCCAUUGCAAGUGCAACACAGCAGCUGGUGGCCGAGGGCGAGGAACGAUCAACCAUCAUCAGCCUGCUUGGUCAGCCAGAGAGCAUGGACGAGGGUGAGGAUGACACAAAGCAGAGCCAGUCCGUGGUACAAGGAGAGGGCGUACACGAGGUUGCCAUGUAUCUUCGUUUGCUCGUUGCCCUUUACUUCCUUCGCGAGACAGACCUGGACAAGAGCAAAGACAUCCUUGAGGCACUUGUUGCAGACAUUGACAAGAGUGACCACCGAGAGGCCAGCCCGCUCUUCGCCACCGUCUUCUACUUUUACACGCGCAUCUACGAGCUGCGGGGCCAGGCAUGGGACAUCAAGACCACGCUGCACGCCGCGCUGCGCGUGCAUACGUUGCGGCAGAAUGUGCCCACACAGGCUGUCCUCAUCAACGCCCUCCUGCGCUUGUACUUGAACGCAGACCUUGUCGACCAGGCUGAGCUCCUGGUGUCGAAGGUGACCUUCCCCGAGACUGCGCCCAACAACGAGACUGCGCGCUUCCUGUACUACCUCGGCCGCAUCAAGGCUGUUCAGCUCGAGUACACAGAGGCAGACCACUGCCUCCUGCAGGCCGCACGCAAGGCCCCCGCGGGUGCCAUUGGCUUCAAGCAGCACGUGCACAAGCUGCAUGUCAUUGUCAAGAUGCUGCUUGGCGAGAUUCCCGAGCGCGACCUCUUCCGCGAGCCGCACCUCAAGCGCCCGCUCGAGCCGUACUUCAAGCUCACACACGCCGUGCGCCUUGGGGAGGUUGGCACGUUCUCGCGGGUUGUGCAGGAGCACCGCGCCAAGUUCUGUGCAGAUAAGACGUUCAAGCUGAUUUUGCGCCUGCGGCAGAGCGUGAUCAAGGCUGGCAUCAAGACAAUCUCCUUCAGCUACAGCCGCAUCUCCCUUGCAGACCUGGCCAAGAAGCUCGGCCUCGACUCUGCCCUCGACGCAGAAUACGUCGUCGCAAAGGCCAUCAAGGACGGUGUGAUUGACGCGACUAUCGACCACUCUGCCGGCACCGUCACCUCGAAGGAGGUGGUUGACGUGUACAGCACGAACGAGCCACAGGAGGCCUUCCAUCGGCGCAUUGCGUUCUGCCUCAAGCUCCACAAUGAGUCCGUCAAGGCCAUGCGCUACCCGCCCAACGCACACAAGAAAUACCUGCAGGCAAACCAGGUCAUGGACGAGGAAGAGGAAGUCGUGGACAGCGGUGAGGAGGAGCUGUGAAGACAGGCUCAACGACCGCCGUCUGCUGCCAUCGUUUGUUCGUCUUGGCUGUUGUGAGUGUGACACGUGAAGUGCAUGCAUGCUGUGUGCGUGCGUCUGUGUCCACGGUGUGACGUCCUGCCUCCGCGCACCCUGUUCCGUUCUCUUCUUUGAUUGAACAUUUCAAAUGCAA